AUGUCGAGGCCUCUCCUCCGCGGGCCAUCCGGCGGCGGCCCGCGUCUCAAUGGCGGCGGCGCCGGGAAAUGGCUGGAUUACAAGCGGUCCUUUGAUCACGGUUCCCAGGAGAAGGAUUUUGAGAAUGGCCAGGGGCAUGAAACUCGGAGCCCAGUUUCAGUGGCGGCGGCCGCGGCGGUCUCAAGAAGUAGGAAGACCACGGUCUUUUUUGUCCUCAAGCUCUGCAUAGUUCUAGUCAUGGCGCUGGCCAUCUUGGGGUCCCUCUACUGGACCAUCUCCAUCUCCAUGACAUCGCGAGGGAAGAUCCACAAGAACUAUAGGCGACUUCAGGAGCAGCUUGUGGCAGAUUUUUCAGAGAUCGGGGAGCUCUCUCGCGGCGCCGUCAAGUCAAAGGAGCUGGAAUUCUGCCCACCUGAGUUAGAGAAUUACGUCCCAUGCUACAAUGCAUCCGAGAAAUUAGAUUCGGAGGAGCCUAAUUAUGCCCACGUUGAGUCUGAACGCCGGUGUCCCAGGGAGUCCUCCGUGGAGGAAGGCUGUGUGGUGCCUACCCCCAUGGACUACAGAAUCCCUCUCAGAUGGCCGACAGGGAGAGACUUCAUAUGGAAGGACAACGUCAAGAUCACCGGAGAAGAGUUUUCCUCGGGCAGCUUGACCAAGAGGUAAAGAAGGUCCCUGAUUCGGUCUACUUUUGCCAGUCUUUCCAUUUCCUUUCUUAGAUUUCGGCGUUGGCUUGCGCUUCCAGGAUGAUGGUGGAGGAAGAACACAUAUCCUUUCACUCAAAUUCUUUAAUGGUUAACGGAGUUGAGGACUACACCCAUCAGAUCGCAGAGAUGAUUGGGCUCAGAAGCGAGUCUGAUCUCAACAACGCCGGUGUGAGUGACCUUCCCCAUUUCUAGCUCGAAACAUACUGGUCUGGUCUUUGGUAGAGCAAAGAAAAUGAAAAGAAAUGGGAUUUACUAUGGUGUUUGGUCCAUAAAUUCCGUGUUUAUCUUUCCGUUGAUUAAUAUGCUUCAUUUUAUUUUAUUUUUACACAAUGAGAAGGGUAUUUGGCAAAAAAAUUUCAACCCCAGGAAGGCUCCUGAAAGCAGUUUUUAAUUUUUCUGAUAUGUUUACGAUUAUUUGUUCUGGUUUUUCUUUCUGUCUUCAUCUGAAAUAGGAAUCCACCGCGGGGGUAUCGCAUUGACAGAGGGGAUAAUGCUGAUGUUGCUUCUACGUUUUGUUUUGUGUAGUCGUUUUCUUAGGAAUCUGAUGGGUUUUUCUCUUUAAAUUAGUGAAGAUUCACGAUAUGGCUGCACAUAUGGAUCAAUCCAUGUAAAAAAAAAAAAAAAAAUUGAAGCCAAAAAGGAGAAGUCGACCAUAUCAUUGCCUUAAAGCUGUAAAUAUCACCAUUUUAUUUGUAUCUCCUCAUGAGACCAAAUUAAUUGGAGAUUUAAAAUAAAAUAAAAAACUUAUCAGAUUCUCAUGGAACUGCAUCAAAUUCUCAUGUUUCCUCUGCAGUCGCUCUAUUCUUUAUCUCAUCCUUACUCUUAGGUACCUUCUCUCAGUGCUUGUUCAUCUUCUGGGAGAGUCCGGAUCUCCAGUUUUUUUGGGUAAAGUUUGGCAUUACUAAUUAUGUGUUAUUUCUUAAAUUGAAAUUGGAUUUGUAUUUUUCAGGUCAGGACCGUGUUGGACAUUGGGUGUGGCUUUGGCAGCUUCGGGGCAUACCUCUUCUUGAAGCAGGUGUUGACUAUGUGCAUCGCAGGUUAUGAGAUCUCUGGUAGCCAGGUCCAGAUAACACUUGAAAGAGGCCUCCCUGCCAUGAUUGCUUCACUCACAUCAAAGCAACUGCCCUACCCAUUUCUCUCCUUUGACAUGGUUCAUUGUGCACAAUGUGGAGUUGAUUGGGGAGCAAGAGGUACUUUCUCACGAGCUUUUAAAUAUAUUAUUGUAAAGAGGUUUUAUAUGAGCUCCCACUUUACUGCAUGAAUGUGAGAAUUUUCUAUGAACCCACACAGUCCGAUUUGUCCAAAUCAGAUCAAUUUCCGACUGACCCGGGGCAAGAUUCUAAUAUGUCGGAUCACUUCUUAUGUAUAUUAAUAAUCAGGCGGGCAUCUUUUGGAAAUUCUUGCUUUUCUGCGUUUUUCUUUCUGUUUAACAACUUUUUAAACAUCUUUAUUGACUCUUUCUUCUUUUCUUUCCACAAGUUGAUGUGGGCUGCUCGGUCGAGUUGGUCCGAAUUUAUGAGUUCAUUUUAAAUUAAACGAGUAUGAUUUCACUGCGCUAGCCUUAUGAACAGUGUAUUUACUACCCCGAGUUUAUUUUUCAAAAAGGCUUUUUUUUUAAUGGCGUUUAUCCCAGUAGAGUUUCAGAUUUUUAUUUUCUGAAAGAACUUAGCUUGGGCCCGAUGCUCGUGGAUCUGUGUGGGGAGUUUGGUUUAUAAUGGUUAUGCUCUAUUUUUGUCCAGACGGUAUCUUUCUUCUUGAGGUCAACCGAGUUCUAAGACCGGGCGGUUACUUUGUGUGGACUUCACCAUCGAACACAUUAAGAUCCCUGCGGGUCCCACAGAACCAGAGGCAAUGGGCUCUCAUUCGCAAUCUCGCAGAGAGCUUGUGCUGGGAUAUGAUGUCCCAGCAGGAUGAAACCAUUGUCUGGAAGAAGACUGACAAGAAGAUGUGUUACAAGUCUAGGUGCGAAGCUCGAAAAUCCAGCUGCUGAAAAUAUCAUAGAUUACUGAAAAUAGAAAAAGGCCUGAAAUUUCGCUGUUGAUGAUGGGGUCAGUUAUAUGAAUUGUUACUGAUCCUCCCAAGUGUUUCAGGAAAUCCGGGCCGGAGAUCUGCAGCAGGGACCUGGAUGCCGAGUCCCCAUACUACAAGCCACUCAAUCCGUGCAUCAGUGGGAUCGGAAGCCAUCGGUGGGUUUCCAUUGAGGGCCGGAGAACCUGGCCCGCAUGUGCCACUAUGAACUCUACCGAAGUCAGCUUAUAUGGUAAUUGCCGAACUAAGAAAUAUUUUCAUUAAUCACAGGCAGAGUUCUUAUAUUUUAAAAUUAUAUAUAUAUGUAUAUCAGGUGUGGAUCCACAGGACUUCUCUGAGGAUGGGCUGAGGUGGAGCGCAGGGGUCAGCAACUACUGGGCCCUACUCUCGCCGCUCAUAUUUUCAGAUCAUCCGAAAAGGCCUGGUGAUGAGGACCCUUCUACUCCGUUCAACAUGCUGAGGAAUGUGCUGGAUAUGAAUGCCCAGUUGGGUGGAUUCAACGCUGCUCUACUUGGGGCUGGAAAAUCUGUGUGGGUCAUGAAUGUCGUUCCCACAAGCAGCGUCAACCACCUCUCUCUCAUCCUUGAUCGGGGCUUCCUCGGUGUUCGACAUGAUUGGUAGGGACGGUGUCUCUCAUCUAUGUUUCCUCGGUGAAUUAUUCAAGCUUGCCCACUAUAUUUUACAGUCGAAGAAUGUAACUGUCAGAGAUUUGGCAUUUAAUUUCCACUUGAAGAUAUCGAUGGAUCAGAUGAGAACAUCUAUUCGUCUUCCACAGGUGCGAGGCAUUCCCUUCAUAUCCAAGAACUUACGACUUGGUCCACGCCGACCGGCUGCUCUCGUCUGAAACUUUCCGGAAGCGCCGAUGCUCCUUCCUGAAGCUAUUUUUGGAGAUGGAUCGGCUCUUGAGGCCCGAGGUACUGCUCACCAUUGUUUCAUCUUUCAUAAUUAUCAUAUUUAUUUUGUUGUGAAUUACUUUUUUGAUCUAUCUUCCACUGUUCUUCCUCUGACUGAUGCAGGGGUGGGUGAUAAUCCGCGACACCUCCCCCCUCAUUGAGACCGCCCGAUCCAUGGCGAUGCGGCUGAAAUGGGAUGCACGGAGGGUAGAGAUUGGCAUCAACAGCGAUGACAGCCUCCUCAUCUGCCAGAAGCCCUUCCUCAAGAAGCCUGUGAGUGCAGACCAUUGA